GUCCCCCCGGUGUCCCCGGUGUCACGCCGUCUCUCCGCAGGCCCGGGCGGCCCCGCGGCGGCGCCGUGGUGGUGGCGCUGGCCGUGCCAUGCGGCGCUGAUGGAGCCCAACGCCUUCCCCCAGCUGCAGCUCUGGUGCCCGCGGCCCUUCGGCACCUUCUCCCAGAACAAACCAUGCUCCCCCUCCUCCUCCUCCUCCGCCGGCACCGGCACGGCCCCCGCGGCGCCCCGCAAAGCGCCGGGCUGCCGCCCCUCCGAGAACACCCCCCCGCAGCCCCCCGAGCCCGGCCCGGCGCCGCCGGCCGCCGCCGAGGACGGCCGGGUGCUGCUGGACACGUGGUACGUCAUCAAGCCGGGCAACACCAAGGAGAAGGUGGCCUUCUUCGUGGCCCACCAGUGCGGCACCACCGGCACCGCCACCGGCACCGCCGGCCGCGCCAGCACCAUGAAGGUCAAGGGCAACUGGGGCAGCGACAGCUCCAAGGCCAAGCGGCGCCGGCGCUGCCACCACGAGCCCAAACCUCGCGGCGACGCCCCUAAAGACCCCCCGAAAGACCCUCCCGGCGACGCCGGCGCCGGCGCCGGGCCGGACCUGCUGUCGGUGGCGGAGAUGGUGGCGCUGGUGGAGCGGCGGGCGGCGCUGGCCCUGCAGAGCAGCGCGCCCGCGCCGCUGGUGCUGCUGGAGGCGCCGGGCGGCCCCGAGUGCCGGCGCGUGGCGGCCGCCGUGGCGCAGGCCCGCCUGCGGGCCGAGCCGCCGCCGCCCGGACAGCUCUUCCUGCUGCCCGGCGGCCGCCGCCACGAGGAGCCGGCCGCGAGCGCCGCGGCGUCGGCGGGCGGGGAGGGCGCGGGGGACCCGGCGCUGUGCCGGCUGUACCGGCACGUCUCUCACGACUUCCUGGAGAUCCGUUUCAAGAUCCAGCGGCUGCUGGAGCCGCGGCAGUACAUGCUGCUGCUGCCCGAGCACGUGAUGGUGAAGAUCUUCAGCUACCUGCCCACGCAGGCGCUGGCCGCCCUCAAGUGCUCGUGCCACUACUUCAAAUCCAUCAUCGAGACCUUCGGCGUGCGGGCGGCGGACUCGCGCUGGAACCGGGACCCGCUCUACCGGGACGACCCGUGCAAGCAGUGCAAGAAGCGGUACGAGCGGGGCGACGUGUCGCUGUGCCGCUGGCACCCCAAGCCCUACCACCACGACCUGCCCUACGGCCGCUCGUACUGGAUGUGCUGCCGCCGCGCCGAGCGCGAGGCGCCGGGCUGCCGCACCGGGCUGCACGACAACAACUGGGUGCACCCGGCGGGCAGGAGGGAGGAGGGGAGGUGAGGACGGACGGACGGACGGAGGGACGGGCGGAGGGACGGGCGGGGAGGGGGAGAAAAGUGAAAAAAAAGAAGGAAAAAAAAAGA